AUGCUGAACGGUGGACGGCGGCCGUCGGCGGCGAGCUGGCGCGGGGGCGGCGGAGAUGGCGGCUACCUCGCGUGCUACUCCGUCAUGAUCGUCUGCGCGUCGCUGCUGCUGCUGUCGGUGCUCGCCGCCGCGGUCAGCAUCGCCAGGGCGUGCGAGUUCGCCGCGGCGGCCGCGGCGGUGUUCGGCGCCAUCUGCUGCGUCUCGCGGUUGUGCUUGUGCGUGGGGGAUGCCGGCGGGGCGCCGGCGCUGCCGACGACAGCCGCGGCCAGAGCGCCCGUGGCGGUGUGCGCGACGUGCGGGCUCGUGGGCGCGGCGAUCGACGCGCUCCCGGCGUUCGCGUACGCGCGCCCUGCGGACGACGGCGGCGGCGGCGGCGGGAGCAAGUCGGGGAGGCGCGCGCUGUGCUCGGUGUGCCUGGAGGACGUCCAGGCCGGAGAGAUGGUGCGGCAGCUGCCGGCGUGCGGGCACCUGUUCCACGUGGACUGCAUCGACAUGUGGCUGCACUCCCACUCCACGUGCCCGCUGUGCCGGUGCAACGUCUCGCCGCCGGCAGCCACCGUGGUGAAAGCCACAGCCACAGCCGCAACCGCCGCGGCGCAGCAACCGACUGACACGUUGCCGCCGGUGUGA